AUGGAAAAAUCAAAGAAGUUACCUGCAACACGAUACACACGUAACAGUAGUCUCAGAAUGAUUAGGUUUUUAAAUUUGGCGGAAACUCGUGAUUUGCCGUGUGGGUUCAGGCUAGUGAGAACUGCAAUGGGAUUUAUACUAGCAGGAAGUGGCCCUCUGUCAAUAUUUGAAAGAAACGGAAAUGAGAGUAAUCACGUCGACACUGUUAUAGUAGGAAUAACUAGAAAAUGGGAAAAGCGUGACAAAGAAGAUUGCUAG